AUCUUCUUGGACAAGUCUUUCAGCCCUACUGUCAGGUAGUUGAGGAUCUGUAGGUGCACAGCUCUGGCAGACAUGGACAUGGCAGACUACAGCGAGGCUCUGGACCCGGCCUACACCACGCUGGAGUUUGAGAACAUGCAGGUGCUCCCGCUGGGCACAGACUCUUCGCCGUCCGACAGCACCAACAUGAGCACCCCCGGCCACCUGGCAGCGGGCAGCUUGUGUGCCAUWUGUGGGGACCGGGCGACGGGCAAACACUACGGGGCCUCCAGCUGCGAUGGCUGCAAGGGCUUCUUCAGGCGCAGUGUCCGCAAAAACCACAUGUACUCCUGCAGGUUCAGCAGACAGUGCAUUGUGGACAAAGACAAGAGGAAUCAAUGCAGAUACUGCAGACUGAAGAAAUGCUUCAGAGCCGGCAUGAAGAAAGAAGCUGUACAAAAUGAAAGAGACAGAAUCAGCACCAGGAGGUCCAGCUACGAGGACAGCAGUCUACCGUCCAUCAAUGCCCUYAUUCAGGCAGACGUUCUGUCCCGACAGAUCACGUCCCCUGCUCCCAUCCUGAACGGAGACAUAAGGACCAAGAAGAUCGCCACCAUCACAGACGUCUGCGAGUCCAUGAAGCAGCAGCUGCUGGUCCUGGUGGAGUGGGCCAAAUACAUCCCAGCCUUCUGUGACCUGCCCCUGGAUGACCAGGUGGCUCUGCUUCGAGCUCACGCAGGAGAACACCUCCUGCUUGGUGCAGCCAAGAGGUCCAUGCUCUACAAAGACAUCCUCCUGUUAGGAAAUGACCACAUCAUUCCCAGAAACUGUCCGGAGCUGGAGGUGGGCAGGGUAGCAGUGAGGAUCCUGGAUGAGCUGGUGCUUCCCUUCCAGGACCUUCAGAUAGAUGACAAUGAAUAUGCCUGCUUGAAGGCCAUCGUUUUCUUUGACCCAGAUGCUAAAGGUCUGAGUGACCCUGGGAAGAUCAAGCGAAUGAGGUAUCAGGUCCAGGUCAGUCUGGAGGACUACAUCAACGACAGGCAGUAUGACUCCCGCGGUCGCUUCGGAGAGCUGCUCCUGCUGCUGCCCACGCUACAGAGCAUCACCUGGCAGAUGAUCGAGCAGAUCCAGUUUGUCAAACUCUUCGGCAUGGCAAAGAUCGACAACCUGCUGCAGGAAAUGUUGCUGGGAGGUUCAGCUAAUGAAGCCCCACAUGCCCCCCACUCUCUGCACCCCCACCUGGUCCAAGAACACCUGAGCAGUAACGUCAUCGUGGCCAGCAACCUGCCGACGCCCAUCCAUAACGGCCAAAUCUCCACUCCUGAAACUCCAAUCCCAUCUCCGCCCACGGCCUCCGGCUCAGAACAUUAUAAAAUGCCUCAGGGGGUCAUAGCCACGGUGCCCAAGCAGCCCACCUCCAUCCCUCAGCCCACCAUCACCAAGCAGGAGGCCAUUUAACAAACWUUUGAGAAAAUAUGUUCAGCAUCCAAGCUGUUAACGUGACUGAAACAGUAAAAGUAGCUAAAGACGUUCCAUGWAAUUACCAGUUUCUCACAGCUAGGCUUCAGGGAGAUGUUUGUACAUAAAAUGCAGAUGAAGUUGAA